AUGGUCAAGAUUGCUAUCGCAGGCGGCACUGGAAACCUCGGCCGAGAGGAUACUCCUUCUGACGGGUCUCUGUCGGGCGUGAAAUGGAUCAAGGCAGACUAUCAAGACCCAACCCAACUGAAGGGUGUGCUACAGGGCGUCGAUACUGUCCUCUCCUUCAUCGUCGCACACUUGGAUGCGGGUGGAGUGGCUCAAAAGAAUCUCAUUGACGCAUGCGUUGCAGCCGGGGUUAGAAGGUUCGCCCCUAGCGAAUGGUUCUCGUCGAGUUUUGAGAAUUUUCCAUGGUAUGAAACCAAGGGCAUAGUCCGCGAGUAUCUCGAGACACUUAACAAGCACGAAAAAGUCCUCGAGUACUCGCUUUUCCAGCCAGGACUCUUUCUAGACGAGCUAGUCUUCCCUUACAGGUCCGCCAAAUAUGUCAUUCCUCUGGAGUACACCAUUAGCUUUGAGAAGCGGCGAGCACUCAUCCUAGAGGGAAGCGAAGACGCCCGAAUCUCCCUCACCACGGUUCAGGACAUUGUUCAGGUUGUCGCCAGAGCUGUCGACUACGAGGGCGUCUGGCCGGUGGUAGGAGGUAUCCGGGGCAACAGCAUCACGAUUGGACAGCUCAUCGCCCUUGGAGAAAAGAUCCGCGGUCCGUUCAAAGUUGAAAAGCUCCGGGCUGAAGACCUCAAGGCUGGAAUCGUCAAGAGUGAUUGGAAGCUCAAGAUCGAGCACCCUGCUAUCGGACCAGAAAAUGCCGACGCUUGGGGGGAAAUGGUUUCUCGCUACAUGCUUUUAGCCCUUGGCGCCGGCGAAGUUGACUGCUCUGAUGAAUGGAACCAGUUGUUGCCUGACUAUAAGUUUACUCAGGCAGAGGAGUUCUUGGCGAAGUGGUGGGAUGGUAAGCCGUAA